AUGGCCAGGUUCAGAAUAUUUUAUAGAAAGUUAAAAAGGAUCAAAUACCUCUCUGAUUUGGUCAAGAGGCCUCCUGCCGUUGCCGAACUAGACAAACUUUGGGGGUUCUCACCUGAGGAUAACUUCAAGAAAAAGAUCAAGAAACCAAAAAAUCACAAAGAUAACGAGGUUUCGAAAGAUCCUCUACAGUUUUUUGAUAAAAAACCUGUGGAAUCCGAGGAUGAGCAAGCCGAAUCCGUAUCUUUUAAGCCUGUUGAACAACAACAGGAAGAGGAUACGAAUUACAAAUAUGUAAACGAAAAAGAGUUUUUCAAAGAGUCAGUAAAGGAUAUAAGAAAACUGGUUUAUCCACACCUUGAUCCAAUAACGAAGAGGCAUUUUGACGAGAUAAAACUGGUCGCUUUGGGAGGAAAGGUUGCACACAACCGUAAGAUGCCUUACAAGGAGUUCCAGCAGAGGCAGAAGGCUCUCAAAAGACACCUGGAUAAGAACAAAAAACUGGAAGGUGAACUCGGCGUUAAAUUCACGCUUGAUACGAAAGGCGGCUCUCGGUUCGCAGAACUCCAAAAGAGGAAGGAAUCCAGGGAAAAGAGGAAGUCUAAGCCCCUGUUUAGUGAUAAGGAUAGGGACGGGAUCUAUCGCAUUAAACUUUAG